AGUUUGAUCAUGGAGAGUUGGUUUACCAUGCAUUGCAAUUGUUAGCAUAUACGGCCCUUGGUAUUUUAAUUAUGAGACUAAAACUCUUCUUGACACCACACAUGUGUGUUAUGGCAUCACUGAUCUGCUCAAGACAGCUAUUUGGAUGGCUCUUUUGCAAAGUACAUCCUGGUGCUGUUGUUUUUGCUAUAUUAGCAGCAAUGUCAAUACAAGGUUCAGCAAAUCUGCAAACCCAGUGGAAUAUUGUAGGGGAGUUCAGCAAUUUGCCGCAAGAAGAACUUAUAGAAUGGAUCAAAUAUAGUACUAAACCAGAUGCAGUGUUUGCAGGUGCCAUGCCCACGAUGGCAAGUGUUAAGCUCUCUGCGCUUCGACCCAUUUUGAAUCAUCCACAUUAUGAAGACGCAGGCUUGAGAGCCAGAACGAAAAUAGUAUACUCAAUGUAUAGUCGGAAAGCAGCCGAAGAAGUGAAGCGAGAACUGAUAAAGUUAAAAGUGAACUAUUACAUUCUAGAAGAGUCAUGGUGUGUAAGAAGAUCCAAGCCUGGUUGCAGUAUGCCUGAAAUUUGGGAUGUAGAAGGUCCUGCCAAUGCUGGGAAAACUCCCUUAUGUAACCUCUUGGUGAAGGAUUCCAAACCUCACUUCACCACUGUAUUCCAGAACAGUGUUUACAAAGUCCUGGAAGUUGUAAAAGAAUGACUGCUACAUGAACCGCUGCCUACGGAGAACUACAUCAGCAGAUGAACCUCAUUGUGGAUUGUCCUUGAGACCUUAGUCCUCAGGCAUGGUUUCUGGUGCCCACUCCUGGAAGCCACUGUUCCCUUUCUACCUUCUUACCAGAGCCCAAGGGCAGGCCUGGUCCCGGGGAAGCAGCAGCUUGGUGACAUGAGUCAGCUGCAAAGGCUGAGGAGUGUGCCCUCAGAGAAGCACCGCCCCCAGCCCUGCCCCAGCGCUCAGAGCCGCAGCUCUCAGGGAUGCUCCUUCCCUGGAGGCAGCUCAGGAGAGGGACUCUGGCAGUGUUCUUCAGAUUUGUGGCCACUGUUUCUCAUUUGCUGGUUGACUGUUUUUAUUUCUUAGGCUUUUGCUAGUUUUAGAAAAUAGGGAAGCAGCCCAUGAUUUGUGGAUUAAAAGCAACAUUUGAGCGAUGAUGCACAACAGUCCAGGAAAAUGGGCAGUCGACACUUGAGGCUGAGGAUGGGAGUGGACAUGGACAGGGAGAGGGAGGUGCGUUCUGCUUAUCUGUGAUUGUUUCUCACGUGAGUGUGGCUGAUUGUGUACAUCCAGCAGUUACAAUUUUUAAAAAUUAUACUUGUACAUUUAUUUUAUAUUUUUCUCACCCCCAGUAAUUUCCUUCCAAAUAAGUUCACAUGUAAUAAGUAGAAAUUCUGUAUAGGAAAAAAGCAUUAAAAAUACUAUUAUAACUGCUUCAUUUGCUGGGAACCAUUAAAAGUAGUAUAAAUUAGCUUUUUC